ACACCCAGGGGGGACGCGGAGAGAGCAGGACACAGCUAUGGAUGCUGCCAGGAGAGGAGAUACACAGCCAGUGAUGUGGACCACCAGAUGGCUGCUGCUGCUACCGCUACUGCUGUGUGAAGGAGCGCAAGCCCUGGAGUGCUACAGCUGCGUGCAAAAGGCGGAUGAUGGAUGCUCUCCGCACAAGAUGAAGACAGUCAAAUGUGGUCCCGGAGUGGACGUCUGUACCGAGGCCGUGGGGGCGGUGGAGAGCAUCCACGGGCAAUUCUCUGUGGCGGUGCGGGGCUGCGGUUCCGGAAUCCCCGGCAAGAACGACCGCGGACUGGACCUUCACGGGCUCCUGGCCUUCAUUCAGCUACAGCAGUGCACCGAGGACCGAUGCAACGCCAAACUCAACCUCACUUUGCGAGGCCUCAACCCUGCAGGCAAUGAGAGUGCGUAUGAGCACAACGGCGCAGAGUGCUACAGCUGUAUGGGGCUGAGCCGCGAGAAGUGCCAGGGCGCUAUGCCGCCUGUCGUGAACUGCUACAAUGCCAGCGGCCGUGUCUACAAGGGCUGCUUCGAUGGUAACGUCACCUUGACGGCAGCCAAUGUGACCGUGUCCUUACCUGUCCGAGGCUGCGUCCAGGACGAAGCCUGCACCCGGGAUGGGGUGACGGGUCCAGGAUUCACACUCAGCGGUUCCUGCUGUCAAGGGCCCCGCUGUAACUCUGACCUUCGCAACAAGACCUAUUUCUCCCCUCGAAUCCCACCCCUAGUCCUGCUGCCCCCUCCAACCACCCCAGCCCCAUCCACUCGGGCCCAGAACUCCUCCAGCACAACCUCUACAACAGCCCCAACCACGGCCACCACUACCAUCAAGCCCACCACAGUCCAAGCCAGCCAUACUUCUUCAACCCAUGAAACAGAGCACGAGGUCAUACAGGAAGAGGGGUCGCAUUUGAGUGGAGGUGCUACGGGCCACCAAGACCGCAGCAAUAUGGGGAAGUUUCCAGAAAAAGGUGGAGCCCAAAUCCCAUCUAAAGGAGGCUCUGACGCUCUGGGGUCCUGGUUGUCAGCAAUUCUGUUGACUGUGGUUGCUGGCGCGAUGCUGUGAACGUCUCCUCUCGCCGUCCAUCUCACCUUGUUUCCCUGGCCCCGUGGUACCAACUCCUUCCAUUUCCCACUUGACUGGACUGGCUCCGCCCCCAUCCUCCAGCAUCCGCAGUUCCAACUGCACUGGUUUGCAGCUUCGGGAAACAGUCUACUGUUGUAAAUACUCCGCUGGGGUGGCCCUACUUUUUGGAUGCGGCCACAGCAUUCCCCCUGACGGUGACCAGGACAGAAGGAAGAGAAAUCUACAGGCUGAGAGAGGCCGGGAGAGUCCACGGCAAACCUCCUCUUCCCGUUUUCCUGACCAGGCUAGAAGAUUACCCGGCAGGUGGACAAUAGAUUCAUCCUCUGAGCGCUGCGCUUGCCCGGCAUCUGUGCAGGAAUCUGGUCGCCUGUCUUCCUUAGGAGACUGUGAACAACUCCACGACAGGGUCUUGCCUCUGGCCUCUCUAUGUGUUCUGUCUGGCACAAGAAGGUGUCAAUAAAGAUUUAGUUACUUUGUAUAGUGA